AUGGGUCGGCUCGACCGGAGUGAUACCACGGCCUCACAGAAUACCGGCGUGAAACAACCCACAGCGUUGUGUUUCGAGUGUUUGAGUGAGUGGACUCUAUCUAUACUCGAGACCACGAGACUGGUCUCCGACUCGCUGGAUCGACCUGAUUCAAAAAAACUACAAUGUCGACCGCAGAACAGUGUACAUGCAACGCUGAAAGUCGACAAAAGUGGAGAGAAAUCGCUCAACGUGCUAGAGAGGAAGAACGACGGUAUUGCACAGCCCAUCCACCAACAGCUACGACCACUCUGCCAAGAGUGUAACGACUAA